UGGAGGGGAGCGGUACAUAUAUAUGUCUGUCGAGUUAAAUUAAUGUAUCUAAAAAUUAAGUAGAAAACUAAUUUUCAACUACGACUGUUCGAAUUAAGACUACAGUGCUAAACCGAUAACGUGAACGAGGGCAAUUGCAUUUUUUUUAUUUCUGAAUUCAUUCAUCGCAUUUAAAAAAUACUUAAGUACUUAAGUACAUUAAGCUCAAUCAGAUGAAAUUUUUGAUAGCGAUUUAAUUUCAAACUCCAAUUCCUGUCCAUAUAAACAAGAAAAUCAGAGUAGCACAGUUAACAGCUCCAAUAUGAACGCAAUGAAAAACAAGAAACUUUCGUAUCUCAUUAAGUGGGCGCAUGCAGUCAACAGUCAAAAAUACCUCGAUCAUGUUUUGAAUGAUACAAAAAUCGACAUGAUCGAAGCAGAUGUAAUGUUAGGUGCACUGUAUGAAACCAGAUCGGUUACUAAGAUACCUAUAAUGGCUCACCCACCGAACACCAUUUCUGACAUUUCAUUAAAAAUGUUUUUAGAUCAAAUAAUGAAACAUAAUAAUGUUGCUAAAGAAAAUAAUAAAAAAGGUGUUAAGUUGGAUUUUAAGUCUAUUGAGGUAUUCGAGGCAUCUCUAAACGUAUUACAUCUUAUGCUACCUAAAAUGAAAUGUCCUAUUUGGUUGAAUGCUGACAUUCUUAAAGGUCCAGUUGAUGAAAAUGAAACGAUACCAGUCGAUCCACAGCGUUUUUUUAUGGGAUGUAGAAAAUUUAAGGAUGCCGUAAUUUCCAUUGGAUGGACUACAUUUUGGCGUGAAGAAAUUACUAAUCCUUUUUAUACUACAGACCAAGUCCAACAAAUGCUGGAUGUUAUAAAGAAAUUUGACAUUUAUAAUUAUGGCCAAAAGUUGACAUUCCCUGUAAGAGCUGUUUUUGCUGCAAAUAGUCAAACUCAGUUGCUUGAACUGUUGAUAUCUUCGUCUGUAACUCACAAGGUUACGCUUACAAUUUGGUCUUCGCCAGAUGACCGCGUCGAUGUUGAAAAAUUAUGGGAAUUAAUAUGUACCAUUGGUGUAUCACGUGUGUAUAUAGAUCUACCAUCUGAUCUGGCGAUAAAAUUAGAUAAGCGCUUGCACGAACGCAAUGGAUCACUAUCAUAUCCAUUUCGUCUACCUGGGAAUACAUUUCUUGUGAUAAUUGCAAUGUUCAGUAUUCUUUAUUAUUCUUAUUUUUAUUAUUAAUUUUCUUGU